AUGUCGUGGAAUGUUCAAAGACCCGACGGUGUCCCCGAAAUGGCGCCUUUAGAAGGCCAACCAUCUAUGAGCCAUUCACAACUUCUGAGUAACAGAGAUGGUAGGACAGAUUCGAUAUCAGUAGGCCUUUAGUUAAUUUGCUUUCUCCGACCUUUUCCUCCCUCUGUAAAUGAAAUUGCGGAUUUUGGGUAUUUUUUUGGAAGUUUUUAUUUUAUAUUGAUCGUUUGGGGCUCUAAAUGGUAAAUUUUUCAUUGCAGCUUUGGAGCGAAAGCUCUCUCAAAGAGAACCCCGUCAGGAACUUGUGAGCAGAGGGAUUAUGCCUGGUUCGUAAUUUUAUUGCUUGUCAUUCGACUUUAUCUCUCUAGCUAUCGUUGAGGCUAACUCUCUGAUUCAUCCUUCUAGCCGUUAGUGCAGCACCAGCAAUUCUUUCUCAGAGGACGAAGCUCGAACGAGCGAAGGUUAGUUUAGAAACUUUAGAAUGUGUGUCUGUGUGUGUUCUUAUCCUCGAACUGUCUUAAACUAAGAGAGAUAUGUAAAUAAAAUGUAGGGGAACUGAAAACACUGACCACUCGGUGUGUUGUGGCUUUUAGACUGGUGAUUUACUGCAGAAGAAAAUACGAACAAGGCCAAAUCGUGCCCAACUGAUUCAGAGACACAUUUUAAAAGGUGAGCUAUAUUUUUUUUUGGCGAGCAGAUUUCAGCUGUAGUAGUGUCUCCAACCUUAUUUGACAGUUUGAAGCUGUUUUGACUUAUUGAUUCAGUUCAUAGAAGCUCUAUGGAAGUAUCCCGACAUUUAGUUCGAUCAAUGAAAUUCAUUUGAGAACCCUGGAAAAUGGAGAAGUUUUCCUUAGAGAUUAAUGCCAUUACGUAGGUUAUUUUCGUCACGUUUACAAUUUUUGACGCUUGGGUUGAGAAGGACAAUGUUUGUGUUUCACGACAGAUUCCUUCAUAAUAAAUUUUUUUGUUCUCUAUUAGUUAUUGGAUACUAAGUGAAGUAAUCAUGAUGAUUUUUUACAUAGCUUACCUGCGUGGCAUUUCAAUUCAGACGGUGCUAAUUCAGUUUCAUAUGUUGGUUUUAUGUUUCCUUCACUUUUAUCUUUUUCGUCUCCAGUAAACCUACUUUCAUUUUCUUCUUUAAAUUCGCGAAUCACGAUAUCCAUUUACAACGGAAUGAAAACAUAAUUAGACUUCACACUCUCUUAUGUGCAGCUGGUCUCUGUGGUACUGUCAAGAAAAUCGAAGGAAACAUUGAGAAAAUCCACUAUAACGUGUGCGUGCUCUGUGCAAGCCAUGUUUAUUACUAUGCAUUUUGAUUCAAACAAAGAAUUUCUUUACUCAUAACGCAUUCGAAAAGUUGUUUAUUUUCUCGGGCGAAAAAUGGGUUGUUCUUACAAAUCAACAAGCACGCUUUCGGUGAUUUUUCGUGCAACGGCGGUUCAAUUCACCAAAUCCCAGUUUAUACCAAUUUAAUCAUUCAGAAUAUUUUGGGAUUAACAAUUUUAUUGUUGCAACCUCAUCAAGACCUGUGGCGUAUGCCUAUUUGACAGCCUUGUGUGAUCCCUCUUAGAUUUGAUUUGAUGUGGUAAAUUUUUAAGAUGUUCUAUGGCAAUUGUAUUUUCAAGAAACAAGUGAAGAAGAUCCAUCUUUCUCUUUCUUUUUUUUAAUUAAUUCUCCCAAUGGUUUGCUUAGCUGAUGUUAUUUUCAAGUAUUGAUUAUCUCAGAGUUUUUCUAAUCCCUGUGGUUGCUUAAGAUAUUCCUCUUCCCAGGCCAGUGUUUGCUGUGAUUUUUUUCUGUAUUCUGUGGAAUGGAGGGAGCUUAUUACUGGUCAUAAUUUCAUUUUUUUUUUUUUGUCAAUGUUAUGUGACACUAAUUAAAUUUGGGAGCAUGUGAGAAGUGUGAAACUUGAUAAAUUAAUAAGAGGAAAAAACUGCAACCAAAAAAAAAGAAAAUGCAUGGGGGGAAGGUUCUGAUUGGUUUCUUAGCCCUUUCCUCCCACAAUUUAAUCUGAAAUUCUCCUUUCAGUGGAUGUACUUGAUUGUAGAAAAAAAAAAAGUUAUCAUCAUUUUAGGAGAUUGUGUUGAAAUUGGAAGGAUAAAAAGGGUUACUUUUUUUGUAGAUUUUAGAGCUCUUUCAGUUUUGGAAAUGAUGGUUGUCUUUGGUUUCCUUAGAAACUCCUGGUGCGGUGGAUCCUUCACUGAUCGACAAGCAAAUGCAACUGAAAAGGAAGAAACUGGAAGAUAAUCUCAAUGACAAACUAUCAUACAGACCUGGUCCCUUGGAGCUAGUGAAGGAGAAUAUCUUGGAAGCUGGUACUCCAAUGAGCCAGGCAGUGCAAGAGGGAACUGUGCCUUUUACUGAAACCACAGAUUACUUGCAGUCCCUCUCUCCUGAUAGUGUUGACUCUCCAGAUGCAUCUCCGUCACCAGAUUUGAGCCAUGUGUCUUCCCCUUCAAGUGUGGGUUCACCUCCAGCAUCAACAAGCAUAACAUCUUCAGUGCAAGCUCUUGCUUCUCUGCAAGCACAGACUAAAAAACACACUCAGCAACAACAAGCAAAACAGCAGCAACAACAUCAGUUGUUUUUACAACAGCAAAAUGGCCUGAAUCUAAUAGCACCUACACAACUUCCAGUACAGGUGUCAUCAACAGCACCAAAGAAGGAAACUGGAAAGUCUCGAAAGAAAGCAGCUAAGCCAAAGGUUAAAAAAUACAAGUAUCAUGAGUAUCGGCCACCUAAUGGUGAGGUGCAGAAAUGUGAUUUGCCAUCAGACUCACCAUAUGGUUUGUUAUUACAGCAACAACAACUUUACCUCCAGCUGCAAGUGUUAUACCAGAACUACCCCCAUCAUUGUAUGUUACCUUCCAUUCCAGAAAAUGUUAAACUUGGGGCAAAUGGCUCCAAGAAUGGCAGUGGUAGUGAUUCUGAAAAAACUGUCAAAAUUGAAGACAUGCGAGUCAUUGACAUGAGGAGAGCUCUGAAGGAACGUGGGCUUCCAGUGUUUGGCUCUAAAACAGACUUAAUUAAGCGCCUGAAGGAGGCUGGGCCUCUUCCAACAGAGGUUGCACCAAACUCAAAUAGUGCAGCCUCUGUUGUGGUGUCAACGCAAGAGCAGAUAACAACCUCUGCACCAAGUGUGUCUCAAGCUUUUCCGAGAACAACAACCCAUCCACCAGUGCAGCGCUCAAACUCCUUGCCCAUGCAAAAUGCGCAAAAUUCAAGUUUAGAAGCUGUAGAGCAGUUGAAGAUGCAGAUAUUAGCAAAUAACCAAAGCCUUCAACAGCUUAGUGUGCCACCAGAAGUUCAGCAACAACUCCAGCAGCUUCAAUAUUUGAACCUUCAGUUACAACUGAAGCACCUAAACAUUCAACAGCAACAGAACAUCCAGCCAAAACCUCAAAAUACACCCGUCACCAAUCAGAAUGUAGCAAUGAAAAAGGAAUCUCUAACAGACACAAAUUGUUCUUUCAGCCCGCCACCUGAUCACAAACAAAUGAAGGAGCAAAAACCAUUAUUUGUAAUCCAACAACAGGGCCAACAUGUGCAAUUGUCACCUGGAAAUCAUUCUCCUCAGCAACAGCUUCUUCAUCAGCCACAACAGGUUGAUAAUGCUUUGGCUCAUUUACAGGAACAGGCUCAAUCAUUGGACCUAAGCCCUAGCAAUUUUGACUCAAACCCCAGCAGUGUGGAAAGCCAUGUUCUUCCUUGGGAUCAACAACAUCCCCUAUUUGAUGGAGAGAGCGAAUCAUUUCCAUCACCUGGUUCACAGCACUCAGACUUGUCAAACUUAUCACCCUUGCAAAUGGAUCAGCUUUCUCACAGUAUGGAUACUUUACCAAAUGGUAGCCUUUUCCAGGCCAACGUGAAGCCAGAAAGUCACCAAAUGCAAAGGUCCUAUUCAGAGAGAUCUUCAUCUGAUUGCCCAGAUGAUUACUUCUUGAUGCUGCCACAGACAAAGCCACGGUCAUUGUCUGAACCACAGUUCCCUGUAUCAACACACAAACGAUCAUCAUCAUUUCCAUCAAACCCUUUUGCUGCCCCUCCACCAAGUUACGAGGCUCACAUGGCUGCUCAGUCACAAAAGCAGAACAGAAACCUUUCAGUUGGGGGGCAGAUUGGUGGGGGCCUUGCCAUGCCAAGUACCAGUCCUAAGCAAGAAGAUAUGGAAUUGCCUUUAGAGUCUGUUAUCCAAGACAAGGAAUUAUCUCAAGAACUACAAAAGGUUUGUGCAUCUUCUCUGAUCUUGGUUGUUGCCCUCAUUCUUUCUUUGGUAGUCCUCUGUUAUUUAACAAUGUUUAGAUACUCCACCAAAGGGAGCCAUGUAAUAUUUUACAGUAUUUCUCUAGUUUUAGGUUGAAUUUUUCAAAAUUCAUUAUUGAUAAUUUUGGCUGGUCUUGUCCAUCCUGAACCAUUCAGGUUCUUUUUUUGUUUUCUCUUGCUUCUCUGGUGUUUCUUUUCUCUAGUGAGCUAUUAUAUUUAAUUUCACUCUUCAAUAGCAAAAAAAAUUUUCUUUAAGUAUAAAACAUCAUUGCAUUGCACAUUGUUGACCAAUGUACAUCUCUGUUAGUGACCCUUGUUGAGUGGGUGAUAUUUGAAUCUGCAAGUAAUAUUUGUGUGUUUACGAGGAUUUACCCUUUAUAAAGGAACUAGCACUGUAAUAUUUUCAGAUUUUUAUUGGCCUCAUAGUAUAGUCUCGUAUAUUUUUUUGAUAUCUGUUAAUACUCCUGCAUAAAAGAGCCAACUAAGUAGCCAAGGUUAUUUCUGUCAUUACACUUGCAACUGGAACUGCAAAUUCUUUCAAGCCUGGGAGAUGACAAGCUCAGGUAUUCACAUUUUUCUGUGAUGCACUUUUGAGGCAUUGUAUGCUGCUGGGUUUAAGCCAGUAUGGUCAUGACACAUUGGUCCUUAUUUCUUCCAUCUUUGCAGGCAAUGAUGAAGAAUUUCAGUUCACUGGAUCAUGAUGACAUACUUGAAAUCUUAGGAGGUUGGUGCAUGAACUUUUUACAUGUUAGUGGUAUUUGGGUACUGAAUUUUCCCACUUUAUUCCAGUUUUACUCUCAUGAAAGGCCAGUGGUUUGUUAGCUCCACUGUCAUUGCAUAAAGGUGGUCAUUUUUAUGAAAUUUUUAUUUUUCUAGUUUCUAAUUUUGUGAACAGGGACUCCCGACUCCCUUGUGAAAUAUUACAAUAUUUAUUAUUAUUACAAAAAGUAACAUUUAGUAUAGUUGUAAUUGAUUUAUUGUAAUUAUUUUAUCAUUAUUAUUGUUAUAGUUACCCUUGUGAGUUUGAAGCCAAUGUCUUUGUAAUUUAUUUACAGAACCUCGCAGUCAAUUGCCAACAAGUAGUAGUUCUUUUGCUGGGAUAUUGUCAACAUCGCAGUCAUCACCUGCACAAUCUUUUACAGGGAGUAAGUCACCAAGUCUGGGAUACCUUCGCACUCUACCAACACAUAGCUCUGUGGGAAGAAUUUCAAAAAGCUGCGAGGAUGUGAGCCAAAUGCCUGUUGGCAACAAUUCUUUGUCUAAUUUUGACUAUAUGCUAAUGAGCCCUAUGUCUCCUAUGAGAGUGGACUCUUGUGAUACAGAUGAAAGUUCGACCUUAAUGGAUCACACUUCUAAUGCCAUACCUAUUCCAAUGGCAAACAAUGGAGCAGGGAGGACAGAUAAUCUAGGCUGGCUUGAUUUAAGCCUGUCACCAUCUGCACACAAUGUUAUACAACAAGGAAGUGCUGAACUUUCUCACAAUAACAAUUUCGGCAAAGGAACACCCCCUGCAUUUUUGUAUGACCCUAUGACAACAUUCAAGGGCGAUGAGGCUUUGCCUUAUCUAUCUCUGUUUGACCUAGAGACUCCAACAGCACUUCAACCACCCACAGACUUUGCAGAAACAAUGGAUUACUGUAUUUAGGUUGUGUUCUGGUUGACUAUUGGUAGUUAUUUGGUAACAUAAUAUGAUGAUUAACUGUAGUAAUAAUCUAAAAUGAUAGUCGCCAUCAAUGGCAAAGUAAGAAAAUGUAGAUUAGUUGUUUAGGUUUAUGUACACUUCCUCCUUUUUGUGUUCUGACAAGUAAGCCUUUUUUUCAUAGUUAAAAAUUAUGAAACUAACUCUGGCUAAUGGGAAAAUCUCUUCAUUCAUUCCUUUUUUUUACCCAAUCAAAACUAAAUAUUGUUUCUGUUUUUCUAUCAUAAUGUUGGUAAGACUCCUGAAACUAUGUAUUAAUUGUUCAUUAAACUUUCUAAAUUCAGAAAUAAAUCAAAACAUAUACAGAUGUGUUAGGAGAUACAUUCAAUAUUUCUAAAUUUAAGUAAGGUUAUAAAUAUAUUUGAGUUUAUUGUUCUAAACAAAUGAACUGCGGUGUGCUUUUGUGCUCUAAUGCUGUAACCAUUCUUUUAAGUAGGUUAAACCCAAUCACUCUGCCGUUGCUCUUAAAGUAGCCUGCAAAGUUGAUCAGGGGUUUUACUAGUAUGGCAUGUAAUGGAAUAUGAAAGUCAUAAAUCUGUGUUCACUGCCACAACUGAUAGUAAAGGCAAUAGCCACUCAUUUUUAAAAAAACAAAACAGUUCUCAAGCUUCUGUUAAUUAAUUCAUUGGUAUAAGGUCCAAAAACUGGCAUUUGAACUCUGGUUAAAAGACUUCUCUGUAAAGAUAGAUGCUUUUUUUUUUGCUAAGUGAAGUUGGCUGAGCAUCAGCAAUAUGGCAAAAUAAUAUUGCAAUUAAUCAACCCUGUUCUAGGGGAGUUUAUCCAUCACAUAAAUUUCAUCAAGCUACAUUUUUAUACUUUUGACAAUCAUCAAACCUUACAUUGUAGUGAUAAAUGCUUCUCUUAGACAAGCACAGACUUAAAUCACAUAAAAUUUAUUGUUGCUUUCCCUUGCAUCCCUCUCAGUUAUUGUUUUUAAAUGCUAUCUGUUUUAGUUUAUUAAUUUUAAGAUCUACUAAGAGCCCCAUAGCAUUAAACUGAUUCUAGAAUUUUCCAUGGCAUCCACAAGAUAAAGGCAACUAAAAUAAUAAAUAUCACCACCUCCCACUAAAGGAAAAUUGUCUGAAUGAGUAGUGUUUUGUUGCUCAGAAAUACUUGUGAAGGUGUCCUAUGUAGAAAUAUUUUUCAAAUGGUAUUAUUAAGUGAGGCCUAUUCUAAAGAGAGAGGAGGUUUUGCUGCAUAAAGAACCAAGUCUAAGUUGCCAUGGUUCAGGUUUAGUUCAAGUCUGUAAGCAGAUAUUUAACUAAGAAAACAGGAUAAACCAUCAUUGAUCAGUGAAGAUUAAGUAAACUGCUCUUGUCAUCAGACUGCUUUAAAUUUCAUUUCACGAACUUGUAAAUUACCAGAUUCAUUUGAAAAAAAAGACAGUCACAACAAUUGUACAUUUGCAUUCAUCUUAAACUUAGUAUCUUUCAGUUUUCUUGGAGGAGAUAGAGAAGAGCAGUGAAAUUUUCCCCUCAAAUCUAGGGACAUUUUACUGCACUUCUCACAAAGAAAAUAGCUAUUACAUCAGGAACAACUAAUGCAUGAUAUUAACUUUGAGUCAAAGGAAAGACAAAUCUUAUAGUCAGCUUUUUUAAAGAAAGUCAGGAGUGGUUCACAUAUCUUUUGGAUUUUUAGACAAGAAGUCUUGUUUAUCAUUUUUGGAAAGCAAUGUUGCAUUGCAUUUAACUGCAUUUCAGAUUUCUACUUAUGUGUACUUGCACAAUUCCCUUGCUAGUUGCAGAGACCAGUUGAUGUUGUAAGUCAUUUAAUGAAGUGAGUUUGAUUGUUAGGUCCACUUUCAGUCAUUAUUUUAAUGACAUUGAAUUUCCAUAGAAUGUUUGUGGAUUAAAUUUCAUCCAGAAUUUUGUUUGUUUGUUAGUUUUUUAUUGUUUAUGCAUUGAUUAAUUUGAAGCUUUCCCUCCCCCCCUUCCCCUUUUUCUUCUGAGGAAAUUGGUUUGUUCAAAGUCCUACCCUCAGGACAAAAUUUGUGUUCAAAUGCCC